GCCCCGGCCAAGAGCGCGGCGCGCGCAGCCGUGUCACCCCCCCCCCCCCCCGGCGCCGGCGGCGGCGCGGGCCUCGGGGUCUGGGGGUGCAGGGCAUCGGCGGAGGAGCUGUCGGCAUCCCUCGCCCUUCUCGAGGCGGCGGCGGCGGCGGGAGCCUUGGCUGCCGCCUCCAGCGCGCCCUCGCUGCCCCAGGAUUUCGAACUCGUGCCCCUGACCUGUUGGGCGGGGCUCUGCGCUCCUGCCCUUGGCCCGGAUGGGGCUCCUGGCUGGGACUCGGGGCUCCUGGAGUUAAUGUCCAACUGGGGGUCUGCGGAGACCGGAUCCGAGGUGCCGCCGCCGGACGGGACUCUAAGAUGAAGUUAUGGGAUGUCGUGGCUGUCUGCCUGGUGCUGCUCCACACCGCGUCCGCCUUCCCGCUGCCCGCCGGUAAGAGGCCUCCCGAGGCGCCCGCCGAAGACCGCUCCCUCGGCCGCCGCCGCGCGCCCUUCGCGCUGAGCAGUGACUCAAAUAUGCCAGAGGAUUAUCCUGAUCAGUUUGACGACGUCAUGGAUUUUAUUCAAGCUACCAUCAGAAGACUGAAAAGGUCACCCGAGAAACAAAUGGCCUUGCCGCCUAGAAGAGAGCGGAAUCGGCAGGCGGCAGCCGCCAACCCGGAGAAUUCCAGAGGGAAAGGUCGGCGAGGCCAGAGGGGCAGAAAUCGGGGUUGUGUCUUAACUGCGAUACAUUUAAACGUCACCGACCUGGGUUUGGGCUACGAAACCAAGGAGGAACUGAUUUUUAGGUACUGCAGCGGCUCCUGUGAUGCAGCUGAGACAAUGUACGACAAAAUAUUAAAAAACUUAUCCAAAAACAGAAGGCUGGUGAGUGACAAAGUCGGGCAGGCAUGUUGCAGACCCAUCGCCUAUGACGACGACCUGUCGUUUUUAGAUGACAACCUGGUUUACCAUAUUCUAAGAAAGCAUUCCGCUAAAAGGUGUGGAUGUAUCUGACUCGGGCUCCAGAGACCGCUGUGUAUUGCAUUCCUGCUACAGUGCAAAGAAAGGGACCAAGGUUCCCAGGAAAUGUUUGCCCAGAACGGAAGAUGAGGACCAAGGAGGCAGAGGAGGAGGAGGAGGAGGAUACAGGAGGAGGAGGAGGAGGAGGAGGAGGAGGAGGAGGAAGGCAGCCAUUGGGGGAGCCUGGUAGAGGGAGAUCCAGCUACAGAGAACUGGAAGGGAGAGAAAACAGCCAUCCAGAUUCUCCUGGCCGGCAGCCGACGUCACCAGAAGCUCAGGGCUGGUGUCCCUGGUUGGGCGUUUCCUUUCAUCUGAUAGAGCCCACCGUCACCGGUCAUGGGCACAGUUGCGGAUGCACUUGAAGCCAAACCAGUGUGUCUCCUGUGGUUUAUUUUCACAUGUCUGGAGACACCCGGGGAAAUGGUAAUCCUGGUGUCAUUCCUUGUCGUGACGUUUUACUGCUGAAAGCAAGAGAGGUUUCUUUUUCUGUCACUCAGCGGAGACAUACCCCAGGAAAGGAGGAAGGCGAAACAACAACAGCAACGACACAAGAGAUAGUUGCCUUUGAAUUUGAAAGUUGAGGCCUGAGGUUUACUACAGCCAGCGUUUUUGUGAACGGUCGGUGAUUGAUUUUGAACAUGGUGUGUGGGGUGGGAAGAAGUUGGCUAGGAACCAAAAAGGCUGUCCUCGUGACUAAAAACAAACCUGAAGGUAUUUCCUUUAUGUCCUUGGAAACAGGAAGCCAGUUGUGGUUUUCGGCAGCAUUCUUGCAGGAGAGCAGAGUGGGGACGGCCCCCAGCUGCACCGGGGCAGGGACACCCACUGGGCCUGUCGGUUUACAGAGAGACAGAUGUUACAUACACCCCAGCUCCGUUUAUGCGUGGUCACCAGUGACCAGAGAAGCUACUCGAUGCAAUGCAUCUGUUUCAGAUACAGAAAUAUAGAGAAGAUAUUUAUUGAGAUUUAAGUUAUUGUUAUUUAUUACCGUUCACUAAUGAGUUUCUCUUUUUCUCCCCCCUUAUUUAUUAAAGUUUCUUUUCGAAGGUGCCAAAGUAUAUGUGCUCGCAAAAUGCAAAGAAAGGUGACAAAGGAAAUUUUAAAUUGGGAACAAGGGUCCAUGCUUUCCAAAGUAUUAAAAAAGUUCUUCGCUAGGCAAAAAUCACUUACUUUACCUUUUUAAGAAAAGCCCUCGUUAAUCUCCCCGAUGUCAGCAUCUUCCUUGUUUUUAUUUUUGAAAAAAAGGCAUGUGUCAGAAGGAGCGCUUCUGACAGGCCCCCUUUCCGGGAGCAGCAUGCACAGACCGUCAGCACUGGCUUUAUUUCCUCACUGCUCCGUCACUGAGUAGAUAUGCCACAUGUUCCCCUUUCUGUUGUAUGUAAGCUCUCACUCCCUUCCACAUAUAUCUAUCUGUGAUAUGCAUAACCAUAUAUAUGAAAGGUUAAAUUCCUUUUAGUAGGUAGUCCUGGAUUCAGUGUUGACCUAAAAGUAAAACAAAAAUCCUGUCGGGUAACCAGGGUCCCGCCCUGACUCGUGGGGACCCUUCCUCCAUCCUUCCGUCCACCCACCGUCUUCUAGAGAAACGUGCUCACACCCAGUGCGUGCCGGACUUCCAGAAAUGGGAUCGACCUGGUUGCCCCAAAAGUCCCCUGGCUGUGACCUUGUGGGGCAACAGUUGCUGUCCCUGUCAGAAGAAGGUGGCUCAGAAGGCAGGACGAGGAACACGUGUCUGGCCCAGCCACAUACGCACACCGAGUCUCGUGCCCACAAAACGUACUACCUGUGUGCUGAAAGCCUUCGGAGAGGCGGGGGCUGGAUGGGAACCAGCACCUUGCACGAGUCCCGGAGGUGGGUUUGUCUGGCAGCUGACCCAUGCACAAUGCACUGGGCCCUAUAUUCGAGUUUGUUGCACGUUUCGCAAAAGGGAUUUUUAUCAAGGAAAUCAUCUGUCACUACCUGCGUGGCUAUUAGCCCCAAAGUAGGACAGAGUUAGCAAUCAAAUGACCUACUGACCUCCCUCAAAUAAUCACGUUAAUUUAAAAAGUAACCAAGAGACGGCAUUUACCAGAUACCCCUUCCCCCAAGCCCCCGAAAACCCAGGCUCUCCCUCAUUCUGUCCCUCUCUGUCCUUUCUGCUCCCCUUGCACGACUUGGAAAUAAAGGGAAAGGACCUCCUAGGGCCAGAGUGGAGACUUUGCUGAAAAGCAGCCUGCUCAAAAAUCGUGACAGACCCGGCCAUCUGGCCAUUCAUGAAGCACGAUUUGACGCAGCCCCAGGAUCAUCUGUCUGAUUCAGAGAAUCCUGGCAGAUUGGGUGGCUGGUGUCCCCAGAUGUCAGGCUCAGUUAUCCGCACCCCCGGCAACCCUGAUUCCCACGGAGAGCCCCUGCCCACAGGCGCCCUAGGAUAUGGUGGAUGUUGACAACUCGUUCCCAGCAUCACCUACACACCACAAGCAAGUUUUCACUGAAGCAAAUCACUCCAAAUCCACAAAAGGGUAAAGUUUGUGAUUUUUCUAUAUCGUUGCAAUUACCAUCUGAUCCAGUAAGGAGUGCACUUCUUUGGAAGUUCCAACUUCUCUGAUCUGUCCCAAUCGUUUGUGUUAUACAACCAAAGUUCUCUACAGACUUUAUUUUUGUACAAUAUCAUUUUGUAACUUUUUACGAAUAAAAACUCAUUUCUAUCGCU